AUGCAUAUUUCAAGUACGGAAUGUGCCAAUCCGUUCCUCAGUGAUCUCACACAAAAAAUCCUCGGAGUAGAAACAAUUCUUCUAUGUAUAAUCUCUUUAUUUCUUCAAUUGCUCAUGUUAAAGGUAUCAUGCAAAUUUUGUGGAUGGAAAUCCGAUUUUUCUUACGUACUGUUGUGUAUGAUGAGUGUAGUGGGAAUGGUUUUUUAUGUUAUUGAAUUAAUCGGCCAUAUCCGGUUCACCAUGCUUGCUUCACCAUCGGACAUAGAUAGGUUCAUUGGAGCGAAUUUCUUGGCUACGAUAUUCACAAACAGUAUGAUUGGCGUUUUAUUAAUGGCACAUCGUUUUAUUUACACUAUAAUCCCGUUCAAGGCAGCAAGAAUCCUUAAUCCGACUUUUCUUAAAAUGGAUAUGGCCUUAGUUGUGUGUUUUUUUAUUUCUCUCCUAUGCUUUCUAUGUACACCAAUGGCUGGUGUGAUGUUCUGUUCACAAUCGAUGGCAAGACACAUUAUGGAGCUUCCUUUAAAAUUUUUAAUAGACUGGAUGAAUACGAUCUCUAACUACAUGGUAGGAGUCUGUACUGUCAUAACAUAUACAUUACUAGCAGGAGUUCUUAUUGCACGAGGAAAUAUUAGGUUGAGAAAUAAUGCAGAACUGCGAAUGAUGAUACAGAAGGAAAUAGAAUUUCCUCCUUUCGAUGAGCACACUUGGGCACUAUCUACUGCCCCAACGUUAAAAGCAUCACCCCACGAAUUUGUUGUGCGGAUUCCAGAUGGAGUAUUCGUAUACGGGAUCGUAGAUUAUGGUUUAGGAGUAUGA